UCGACUGACUCGAUCGACUAGAACUCUUCAGGCCUCUUUCGUUCUUAACUCUUUGUUUUGAAAAUUUUCUCUGUUGUGGCUAAACGAAUGCGUUGGGGGCCACCCGAGCGAGACUUGGGAGCCCGACGCCUCUCUCUGCCUGCCCAAACCCCGCGCCUCCGCGCGCCAAACCACUCUCCUCCCCGUCUCGGCCUCCCCUUGCGCCACCCGUCCGCCUACCGACACCUCCUUCAACUCGCCGCCGGAACCCAGUCUUUGAUCCUCUGCAGGCUUCUCCACUCUCACAUGGUCCGCGCCGGCUACAAGCCCGGCCUUUUCACGCACAACAUCCUCCUCAAUGCCUAUUGCCGUUGCUGCGACAUGGCAACCGCUCACCAGUUGUUCGACAGAAUGCCCCUUAGGGACACCGUAUCCUGGAACAUACUGUCUGCUGGAUUUUCUCGAGCCGGGUACAGCGGCGCAGCUUUGGGUGUGUUUAGAGAAGCAAGAAGCGCGGUCGCUUUGCUUGAUCGGUUCAGUUAUGUAGGCGCUCUUAGUGCCUGUGCUGACCUUGGAUAUGUCAAGGUAGGGAGGGCUGUCCACGGCAUGGUUGUUGUUAAUGGAUUGGCUCGUCGUGCUUUUAUAACCAAUUCUCUUAUAGAUUUCUACUCCAAUUUCGGCGUGAUCAACAAAGUGAGGCUGGUCUUUGAUGGAGCGGAGGAACUGGACGAGGUUUCAUGGAAUUCCUUGCUCACGGCAUACGUCCGCAUUGGCUGGCCCGAGGUUGCUGCCAACAUUCUUGUUUGGAUGCACCGUUCUGGAGUAAAGCUCAAUAGCUUUGCUCUCAGUGCUAUUCUCAAAGCUUGUACCGAUAUGAAGGAUUCACAGGAUUCAGAAGAUGUUCGAAGGAUGCUGCAUGGGUGUGUAACUAAGGUUGGAUUGGACUUGGAUCUCUUUGUUGGCAGUGCAAUGCUUGAUGUGUAUGCGAAAAAUGGUGGAUUGGAAGAAGCAAUCAAGGUCUUUGAAUGCAUACCGAAUCCUAGUGUUGUAGUGUUCAAUGCCAUGAUUGCUGGAUUCUCCCGCUUGGGAACUGAAUCCUGUGGCAAAUAUAGAGUUGAAGCUCUAAGGCUUUUCCGUAAAAUGCUAAGGAGACAUAUAAAGCCCUCAAAGUUCACAUUCAAGAGUGUACUCGAAGCUUGUAUCUCACUUGGUGCAUUGAAAUGUGGGAGGCAAAUCCAUGCCCAUGUCAUUAUGAAUAAUCUCCAAAAUGAUGAUUUUAUCGGGAGUGCACUGGUAACUCUGUACUCAACCUCACAUUUGAUGAUAGAAAGCUUCAGAUGCUUUGAAAUGACUUCUAAGCAAGAAAUUUUCACUUGGGACUGCAUGAUCUCAGCUUAUACUUAUAAUGGGCAUUUUGAAAAAGCCGUGAGCUUAUUUAAAGAAUUGUUGUACCUCAGUAAAGAACCGCACCAGUUCACUCUUUCAUGUGUGAUAAAUGCUUGUUCAAAUUCAGGCAUGCUACGGGUUGGUGAGCAAAUUCAUGGCUGUUCUAUGAAAUUGGGAUAUGAUAAGUUCACUGUUUGUGGUAAUUCAAUUGUUGAGAUGUAUACCAAAUUAGGAGAGCUAGAUGCUUCAAUUAAGACAUUUCAAGAUCUUGGAAGUCUUGAUAGUUUUUCUUGGUCUGCAAUGAUUUCAAGCUAUGGAAUACACGGAAAUGCAGGAGAUGCUUUGAUGCUCUUUGAGAAGAUGAAGGAAUGCAGGGUGAUGCCCAAUGCUUCCUCUUUUCUUGCUGUUCUUACUGCUUGCUGCCAUGGUGGCUUGCUGGAUGAAGGUUUUAGGUACUAUGAAAGCAUGAGCAUGGAAUAUGGAUUAUCUCCAAACUCAAGACAUUGCGCUUGCCUAGUUGACCUUCUGGGUCGGGCUGGUAGAAUAGUUGAUGCAGAAGACUUCAUUUCAAAAUCUGGAUACGCCACUGACCCAUUACUUUGGCGUGUAAUUAUGCGGGCAUGCUUGUUCUAUGGUGAAACUGAACAGGGUAUACAUGUAGGUGAAAGAUUGAUGAUGAUGGAACCUUUUUCUUCUUCAUCAUAUAUAUUGCUGUAUAAUAUGUAUCUGGAUGCGGGAAAAGUUUCACUGGCAAUGAGAACUAGAGGUUUAAUGAGAGAAAGAGGGGUGAACAAAGAAACUGGUACGAGUUGGAUUGAAAUUGGAGCAUCCGUUUAUUCUUUCAUGUCUAACAAUAGUCAGCAGCCACACAUGGACAUCAUUUAUGGAAAGCUAGAAGAGAUAAUGAUUCAUAUAAGACAAAAGAUGGGAGAUGCUGGCCUCAAGAUUUUAAAGUUAGAGUACCAAAGUGAGAUGUGGAAGAAGAGUCUAGUUAACAGUCAUGGUGAGUUGCUGGCCUUGGCAUUUGGUUUGUGCAAACUGCCAAAAUCAGUUCCAAUACGAGUCAUGAAGAACCAAAGAGUCUGUGGGGAUUGUCAUACUACAAUGAAGUUAUUUUCCGAGCUUGAAAGGCGGGAUAUUGUUGUUAGAGAUCCAGUUCGAUUUCAUCAUUUUAGUUGGGGUUCCUGUACUUGUGGGGACUAUUGGUAAAGGAAACAUAUCUACCACCUUGUGUGCAAUUUCAUAUGCAUUUGGUAUCCACUGGUGUUGCUUUGGUCAUUUGGAGAUAGAAUAUGACAGUUUUUCAUCGUUCAAAGUUGAGAAAUGAAAAAGCCUGUUGAAGCUGAUGGCAGCAGCAUGUUUAGGCAGCCAGAAGCAGGAGCUCUAGAAGCAGAUUCUCAUUCUUUCUUGAAUAAUCUCACAUUAUACAUGGACCACAACAUGUAAAGAGCAAGCUGAUAUUUGGGCAGAUUCCUUUGUCCAAGGAAGGUGUUUUUCGUUGGCUGACAAGGGCUUAACUGUUUUGGUCUUUCAAUAAUUACCAUCCAUCGAUUGAAUGGAUUUAAUCACUCAAACAAGUUGACACCAGCGCUCCUGCAAUUGCCAUGACACUGGAAGGACUAUAGGGUGCAUUAUUCAUCAACCAAGUAUAAACAUCCGAGUCAUUCAAUGAGGCAAUUCAUGGAUUUCCUCAGAUCAAGGAUGGUUACAAUCCUGCUACACGGAUUGCUUGAAGUGACUAGUCCUUUGAUGGAAGAUCGCCUUGGCAUUCAUUUUGCUGAUUAUUAUCAUAAAUCUAAAUUAUUUCGGUACCAGUUGAUGACCUGAUAAACUGGGGAUAAGAAAUCCACAUAUUAUUUGAUUAUUGUAAUGGUUACUGGCACUUAAUUUGCAAGGAAAUAAGUAGACUGCCUUUGUAAACUUUAGUAGGUAACAUUGAGACACUGAUUUGUCUCCUUUAAUUGUUGCUUGGGAUCUUCACACCAGCAAAGGAGGGAUUCCUUCAUUUAUUCUGAUAUUGUCACUGAAGCUCCUAACAGUUGGUCUCCUUUCAUUAUUCUUUGGGUGGUAUUUUUUUCAGACGCAAUGAUGAAUUGGUAGAGAACUUGAGAAGACCGAGCAGUGAGUCUAAUGCGCCAAGCUUUGCCACCAAGUAUUCUCAGCCAUUUGUCAACAUACAGUCUUCCUUUUUUUCUCUAUACUGUGAUCAUUUCCUUAAUGUUUGGAACUAUCAGUUGUGGAUUUCAAAGUCCACAAGAUAUUUCAUUGUUAUAGAUUCUAACUUGGAGAUUCUUAUACUUAACAUGUAAAUCUAUGCAGCUUCAAUUUAUAAUUUG